UCAAGCCACACACACGCAACGAGCGCUGAUAAGAAACAAAGGCGGAAGCGUGGCGAAACCUGCUACCCGUGAACUGUGACCCGUGACCCGUGACCCGUGACCGGUGAACUGCUACCCGUGACCCCGGUGAAGGGUGACUCGGGUGCCUGCUCGGCUGACACUUUCGUAUCGUUCAUCUCAAUCUCAAUCGGAAACAGAAUUCGGAAUCGGGGAAUUGGAAUUGCUAUCGCGUCAUUUGAGUGACUGUUUUCGAGUUGCGUGCCUAUGAUGACGGCCACUGUACCUUACGUCGCUUCGUAAGGGCAGUUACGUAAGCCUGCCGCCCCCUCCGCGGAAAAAGGACAGAAACGCAACGCGCUCGAAUGCGUUACGUUGCGCAUGAGAUGGCGGCACGCAGUUCGCGCUACAUUUACUCCGACCACGGCCACCGAAUCUAGUCCGCUGUUAGGAAAAGUUAUAAGUAAUUCGAGAGCCCCACAAAUUGCGCAUGAAAUGUUGGUGGAAUACUUUAUGGCGCUGCUCGUGAUCAUGGGAUUAACCGCACCAUUCGACAAGCAGAGCCGGCGCAGCAGCCAAUACUUCGGUCAUCUGGCAGCUGCCGAUGAAUUGUCCAACCUGAUACCCGACAACUACGAUGGCGUUGAUCCCAUCUUCGACAACUCCACGGACCGGGAGAUCAUCGCCGCUCUGGGCACCACAGCUCGUCUCCACUGUCGCGUUCGCCACCUGGGCGAUCGGGCGGUGUCCUGGAUCCGCCAGCGGGAUCUCCACAUCCUGACCAUCGGCAUCAUGACCUACACGAACGAUCAGCGCUUCCUGGCGCGGCACAUCGACAACUCGGACGAGUGGGUGCUCAAGAUCGUUUCCGUGCAGCCCAGGGAUGCGGGAAUUUACGAGUGCCAGGUGUCCACGGAGCCCAAGAUCAGUCUGGCCUACAAACUGGUCGUCGUGACCUCGAAAGCCCAGAUCCUGGCCAACCGCGAGCUGUUCAUCCAGAGUGGCAGCGACAUCAAUCUGACGUGCAUCGCGCCCCAGGCUCCAGGACCCUACACGCACAUGCUGUGGCACAAGGACACCGAGCUGGUGAGCGACUCCGCCCGCGGGGGCAUCCGCGUCGUUUCCGAGCAGCAGAUGAAGACCAGCAACCUGGUGAUAUCGCGGGUCCUGCACACGGACUCCGGAAACUACACCUGCUCCGCGGACAACUCGAAUUCUGACAGCGUCUUUGUGCAUAUCAUUAAGAGUGAGCAGCACGCGGCCAUGCAGCACGAACUGGGGUCGAGGCUGGAUCUGCCCCCCCUGCCCCUGCUGCUCCUGGCGGUCCUCUUCGUCCUCCUCCUGGCCCACACACCCCGCACACCCCUCCCCCAGAACCUCAUCGCCCCGCUUUCCCUUCAGCAGCGCCACUAAACCUCCAGCCGAAGUCGAGCGGCAACUUAUGUUCGAUGUCUGGAGCAAAAGAGCCUGGGAGUCCUGGGCCAGGCCACGCCCCCCGUUACAACCACCCCGCCCAUGCUAACGCCCCUGGAUAAAAUUUCUGGCUGGAGGUUAACGACGUCGAUGUCGCGUUGUCUUGUAAAUAUGUAAAUCGAGUUUUUGUUUAUGUUUGCGUUUUGCGGCUCAGUCUCUAAGUAUUUUUAUACGUAAUUAAGUAAAUGGGUCGAGAGUGCAUAUGUCUAGCUAUACUAUAUAGCAUAUGGAUCAUUUAAGUAUAUGUGCACACGAUCGCAUACCUAGAGAUACUAAAAAGCGAGCAAUCGAAAUCGAAAUCGAGUCCGAAUCGAAUCCGUAACGAAUGUAAAUAAAUGUUUAAUCUUAAUAAUA